AUGAUAAACGACCCAAUUUAUCUGACAACCCAAUAUCUAUCUAUCUAUCUAUCUAUCUAUCUAUCUAUCUAUCUAUAUUUGUUUGAGUUCAAGAGGACCAUGGUCAUGGACAUUUGGAGGAAGUGGAAGGCGGGAGGGAACAAGGACAAGUUUACUGCCAAACGAAAGGAUCACAUCGUUCGUUCUUCGGCCGUUAGUCAAGGAGUCAAGGAAACAGUCGACAAUGAUGGAAACCAGAGCUACGCCAAGAACGCCGCUGACAUGGGCUGUCGCAAGUCGAUGAUCUGUCGAACGAUCAAGAAGGACAUUGGUUACCCCCUCCGCAUGUUCAUCACGAAUGAGUCGGCGGCUUUGCUGAACGAGCUCAAGCACGGGUCCGCCGGGAUGCUGAGGUUCUUUUCUGAUGAGAAGAAUUUCAGCCAGGACCAGACGAGCAACAGGCAGAAAGGCAGGUGUAUCUGCAAAGACAUCGAGGAGGUUCCCGUCGUGAAUAUUCUCUUUCUUCUUUCAACUUUUUUUUCCGCAUCCAAUUUACAUUUUUUUCUCUUUCUUUUUUCUUGCUUCUGCCUUCCUCCCUCUUUUGAUUUCUUCUCACAUUUUUCACCCCAUCUUCAUUUUCGUUCUUUCUUUCCUUCGUUCUUUCUUUUUUGUCUUUCUUUCUUUCUUUCUUUCUUUCUUUCUUUCCUUCUUUCUUUCUUUCUUUCUUUCUUUCUUUCUUUAACUAGCUCCAAAGAUUUCUCCCUUUCGUUCAAAUUAUUCUUUCAAAUUAUGCUUUUAAAUUAUUAUGAAAAUACCGUCAUGACUGGCCUCUUUCGACUUGUGCGCGCCGAUUUGCGUGCUCGUCGCGGACAUUUUCCCUUUUAA